CCAUCGUCAGUCUUUGUAUUCUUCCGCGAGAAGCAUUGGCUUCUGUCGCUUACUCGUGGUCGCACUAACAUUUCUACUAGGAAUUUUCAUCCACUUGUCCACGAAAAGCAUUUAUCGAGAUUUCUACGAUGAAUAGAACGAAUAGUACUAUUUCGUUAUAGAGUAACACACGUAUUUUCUCGAACAAUUUUCAAUUUGUACGUUUAAUAAAAUUAUACACCUCCAACAACCAGUCCAGUGAGUUUGUUGAUGUCUACAAUUAGUGGCAGCUGCAGCUUUCCCACAAUAAACUGACAUGCUUGCGGAUAUUCUUAUUUCUUAUUAUUGAUGAAAAGUAAAGUACAACCUUUCAAGCGAAGCGGGUUCAAGGAUGUUUGAAGCUUUAAUUUUGUUACCCAAAGUACUGCACUGUAAAUCAAUAAUUCCAGCGUGAUUGAAAUGGUUCAUCCUUGGAUUUGAUGACAAGUGAAAGGAACGAACAAUUCGAAGGAGGUUCGCUAACCAAUAUUGAGACAGUGAGUGACCACCGCAACCGUUAGCGAGAGAACUGCUGUGCGAAUAACACACUGUCGCAAAAAUUGCUUUCAUCUGAGCAACCAGAAAAUCAACGGGCAUUUCUUAUUUAGUUUCGUCGGAAACAGCUGACCAGUUGAUCAUCAUCGAUUCUGCCUGGUGGAUUUUGUGCAGAAGGCUUUCCUUGUUAAAUUUACAAUCAUGUUAUUCAUGUGUCACCAGAUGGCGAUGGAGCAUGAAUCUAAGCUGAAAGAGCGGACAGCAUCCGGCUCCUCGUCAUCUGCACCGCAAACGCCCCACGAUAUGCGCGACGCGAACGUGCCAAUCAUCUGGGUCCUUGGCGGCCCCGGCUGUGGCAAAGGAACUCAGUGUGAGAAAAUUGUUGCCAAGUAUAAUUUUUCGCACUUCAGCACCGGUGAUCUGCUGCGCGAAGAGGUUGCAUCGGGUUCGGACAAGGGUAAGGAGCUGCAGGAGAUGAUGAAGAAGGGCAUUUUGGUACCGAAUGAAGUUGUCUUGAAGCUUCUGGAAGCCGCUAUGGUGAAGGCACUUUCUGGCACGGUUGGCUAUCUUAUUGAUGGCUAUCCACGAGAACCAGCCCAAGGACUGGAGUUUGAAAAAUUUAUUGCCCCCGUGGACAUCAUUCUGUACUUCGAGUGCUCGAAUGAAACCUUGGCAGCAAGAAUCAUGAAACGGGCAUCGGAAUCGGCAACCGUUCGUGCCGACGAUAAUGAAGAAUCUCUGAAGACCCGAAUUGCAACAUUCCGCGAGAACACCGAAAAGAUACUGGUCCAGUAUCCAACGCAGCUUCGAAGGAUUAAUGCAGAGCGCGGGCCGGAUGAAAUUUUCGCCGAUGUGGAAAAAUCCAUCGAUGAACUUCUGGUUAAGAAGAGCAAAAAAGCCUGAACGAAGCUAAACACUGAAGUAAAAUUGGGACGAGCUUAAAAUUCUCCUGCUCGAACCAUCAUAAAACACGGGUGCUGCUGUUGAAUUGACGCACGCAAUAAUGCGCUUUCGAGUUUAAGGAACAAAACCAGAAUAUAGUAUAAAUUUAACAGUUCAGAAAACACGUUUCAGCCAAUCAAUUAUAUACGCUUGCCAACGCUAUGAAAUCAUAGAUUUAACAACAAUAACUUUUUUAGCGUAGCACAAAUUUAACCAGAUGUAUGUGAUAACGUUGAAAUACAUUAAGUCUAAUUCCCGAUUGGCUCUAAAAUCUAUGUGUGAUUCUAUCUUUAAACGUGUAGAAAGUUAAAGGAACACCGAAGUUACCAAAGAUUUACUAUGUAUAUUUAUGUAGGCUUGUUAUCUUAAUAAACAUUUGAACAUCAAUUUGUUCUACGAUAACAAAA